AUGAUAGUUUGCUCUGAUGAUAUCCGUCAUUUGACUGACGAGGGCUUGGCACCUUUCACCAGAAUAGAAGAAGAUUGUCUCAGAGAAGGCGUCGGCACGCAUUUUCCCGUAAAACCAACCGACAAGAGGUAUCGGCCGUCGUCGUCUAGUGCAGCAAGUCCAACUUUCGCUCCAAAUGGAAAUAAGUCCAAAAAGAAAUGA